AUGUCAGGCUUUGUAUCAGAUAAGCCUGCGGUACCAAAGGCAACCAGUGACUCCUCCAGCAGCGCUGUCUCGAUAGAAUACGCCGGGAAUCGCAAUGCAUGGACGAGGUUCACUGAUUCGUUCAAGCGUGCCCAAGUCGACACGGCGGUGGACUUGGAGGGGAAAGAUGCUGAUAAUGGACUGAAUAAAACCCAGCAGACGUUGAAACACAAUAUCAAGACCCGGCACCUGACUAUGAUUUCGCUCGGGACGGGUAUUGGCACCGGUCUUCUUGUCGCCUCUGGUAAGGCGUUGCAUUUUGGCGGACCCGCUGGGCUGGUGAUCGGCUACGUUACUACAUCCACAAUGCUUUACUGUGUUGUCCAGGCAUGUUGUGAGCUUGGCGUAGCAUACGCUACACUUCCCGGAAACUACAAUGCAUACCCCACGUUUUUGGUCGAUAAGGGUUUUGGCUUUGCUGUGGCGCUGGUUUAUGGGUUGCAGUGGGCCACGGUUCUUCCUUUAGAGCUGGUGACUGCUUCGAUGACGGUGAAAUACUGGACAUCGAGCGUCAAUCCUGAUGUCUUCGUCGCCAUCUUCUACGUCUUCUUGCUCUUCAUCCACUUCUUCGGCUCCAGAGGUUACGCCGAAGCUGAGUUCAUCUUCAAUUCGCUAAAAGUGUUGCUGAUGGCCGGGUUUAUCAUUAUGGCUAUUUCUCUAACCGCGGGUGCCUCCGAACAGGGCUACAUCGGGGGACAGUACUGGCACGACCCGGGUGCCUUUGGAGGCGAUCGUGCCAUCGACAGGUUCAAGGGCAUCUGCUCCGUGUGGGUGCAGGCCGCGUUCGCGUAUGGCGGUUCCGAGUUCAUCGCCCUGACCGCAGCAGAGCAGGCAAACCCCAGGGAAUCGGUUCCCAAGGCCACCAAGAGAUGGCUAUACAGAGUCGUCGUCGUGUUUCUGCUCCCCGUCAUUCUGAUCGGCUUCCUGGUCCCACACAACUCAGACCAGCUGUUGUCCGCCGAGGGUGGCUCCGGCAGCCGCGCGUCGCCGUUCGUGAUCGCAGCCGCGCUGCACGGCGUCCGAGUCGUGCCGCACAUCAUCAACUUCAUCAUUCUGACGUCCGUGAUCUCUGUCGGCAACUCCGCCAUGUACUCCGCGCCCCGCAUCCUGCUGUCGCUUGCCGAACACGGUAUGUGCCCCAAGAUCUUCACCUACGUCGACAGACAGGGCCGGCCGCUUGUGACUCUGAUUUUCGUUUCGCUAUUCGGUCUCAUCGCCUUCGUCGCCGCCUCCAACCAGGAGGAGAACGUCUUCACCUGGCUCAGCGCCAUCGCCGGUCUAUCCCAGCUCUUCACCUGGACCGCUAUCGCCGUCUCGCACGUGCGCUUCCGCCGCGCCAUGCGCGUGCAGGGCAGGUCGCUAGGGGAGCUCGGCUACCGCGCCAACACCGGCGCACUGGGCUCCUACUACGCCAUCUUCUUUAACGUCAUCGUCCUAAUUGCCCAGUUCUGGAUUGCCAUCGCGCCCAUCCCCAAGCACGGUGAGCUCGACGUCGAGUUUUUCUUCCAGAACUACUUGGCGUUCCCGGUGCUGGUCGUGUUCUACCUGGGCUACAAGCUGUGGAAGAGGGACUUCCGCCUAGUCAUCCCCUCCAGCGAGGUCGACCUGCUGUCGCACAGACAGAUCUUUGACGAGGAGGUAUUGCUGCAGGAGGAGGCCGAACGCAAGGAGAGGCUGAGAAACUCCACCCUCUUCAAGCGUUUAUUGGAUUUCUGGUGUUAA